AUGGCCGCAGAAGCUCAAACCGAAUCACAACCUCAACAACAACCGGCUGAGGAGAACAUUAACAAUAAUCAAGAUGUACAACAACUGAAGUAUCUUCAAUUCGUGCAAUUCGCAACGAUUCACGCCUUGAUGCGAUGCGCGAUCCUCUAUUCCUACGCGAAAGAACGAUCCGGUCCACUCAAAACCGGUGUCGACACCGUUGAAGAAGCCGUUAAGACCGUCGUCGGUCCAGUCUACGAUAAAUUUCACCAAGUUCCCGUCGAGCUUCUCAAAUACGUUGAUCGCAAGGUUGACGAGUCCGUUUCCGAGUUGGAUCGUCAUGUUCCUACUAACGUCAAGAAGGUUUCAACUCAAGCUCGAUCUGUUGUCACUGAAGUCCGCCGUGCCGGAGUUGUUGAAUCGGCUUCUGGAUUGGCAAAAACUGUUUACUCGAAGUAUGAGCCUAAGGCGGAAGAGUGCGCUGUGUCGGCAUGGAAGAAGUUGAAUCAGCUUCCGCUUUUUCCUCAGGUGGCUAACGUGGUUUUGCCAAAAGCAGCUUAUUGUACUGAGAAGUAUAAUGAAGCUGUGGUUUUAAGUGCUGAGAAAGGUUACAGAGUUUCUGCUUAUCUUCCAUUGGUUCCUACUGAGAAGAUUGCUAAGGUCUUUGCUGCUUAA